GAGACCGUUUCCGAUCAUAGAAACGGACAAUGUAUUCGAUGGACGAGCUGAUGAUAUAUAAGGAAUAAAAAUUUAAAAAAGGAAGAGAGGGCUCCCUGUUUAAAAUUGUGUCGACCUCUGUCCACUUGUGCAAUUUUCAACGUGGCGCAGUUCCGUUGAACGGAAUCCUUUGCAACAUGUUCGGGACGAAAUUGCGCACGUGGAUGGAGGCACACAUUGUGCGAUCAAAGAAAAAGAAGGAUCGUAAAAAGGGCGAUAAGGGAUUCGAUUCUAACUGCAAUUCACCGAGAAGUCACAGUGCCAAUAGAUCGCCUGCUUUGCAUCAAGUACAUCCUGUGAACUCACCAACGAGAAACGGCGUGGACGGAAUUCGAUUGCACGGUGGAUCCAGUGGUGGUGUUGUUGGUAGUAUUGGUGGUGUUGGUGGUGGUGGCGAGGGUUACGCUGGAACGGUGACCACCUCUUCCGGUACGUCCGGUGGUACCGGAAGCGUGAAUCUUUCUUCUCCGGAAAGUGCCUACAGUACCGGAUACUCGACGGACGGUACGUCGCCCGGUACGAGCUUUCCGCCCGAGUAUUACAUCAAUAUCAGGACGGGCACGCAUUAUUUUCAAAGUAACAAUAAAGGUAGGGCGCAGGGAAAUGCGGGGAGGAUCGACGAGAGAUCGAACGAGUCUACGAAGUCCUCGAACAUGACCGGUGACAGUAGUAAGCAGCCAAAGGACGUACGUACGAGUACCACCCCGGCCAAGCUCAACACGCUCAGCGCCGAAGUUACGAUCAAUCGUGGAUCGAAACAACUGCAACAACAACAGCAGCAGCAACAACAACUGCAACAACAACAGCAGCAACAACAACUGCAACAACAGCAGCAGCAGCAACAACAACAACAGCAACAACAGCAGCAGCAGCAACAACAGCAACAACCACAGACUCCGCAAAGACAACAAGAAAGUUCCCAUCGAAGAACAGAAUCCUUCUCAGCUGAUUCCUCUAGGAACAAUCUUCCUGUUCCAUCCUCGAUACCUCCCCCACUUGUUGUCUCGCCAACCGUACAAUCACCUCGCGAACGAUCACGAAUAAGAACGAAUCCUUGGUUGUCGGCAAACUCUUCUGGUUCCAGCACUACCGGCUUUAAAUCUAGGUUAACACUCGAUGAAACCAGCAGUAGUUCGGGUCUAAAGCUGACCGAAUCAUCCGGUAGCGCAAGUGACGUCAAUGUUAACAGUGCCAGAGAGAGUCUGACGAAGAGGGAACAUCGUCAGGAGAGUCUCAGCGCUGGACGUAGUCCGAUAAAUCAAAAUUGGAGGAUUCUACCUGGUAUGGAUAUUAGACCGAAGAUACCAUUGGCGAUGCAACGUCGUACAAGUAGCAGCAGCUCAUCGGGAUCAUCGGUAACACGAAGUGCUCGUUCGUCCGAGGACGACAUAACGUUGAACGAAAUGAUGGGGAAAUUCGACGAGAGUUAUGUUUAUGAAAAGGAAACGGAUAUAUUGUCGGAUAGCGAUCCAACCGAUUGCGAGGAUUACAUAGAUUCUUUGUCGGACGUUGAUACGGGUCAAGAUGGUGGCGAUGAGAAUGAUCCAUUUGAAAAUGAUUUUGAUUAUAUCGACAAUGGUUCCUUCCUUGACUUAGAUAAUCUCGAAUGUUCUGCCAAUUUUCCUAAUACCGGUCACUGUACUUAUUUUACGUUUACGAGCGAGCUAAGUAGACGUGGCACAAGAUUGAGAGAGUCCUUUUUGAAACGUAGAAACAAGGACGAGAUUCUUCCUCAAAGGACUAUAAGUAUAAGGAACACGGCGAAGAGACAAAGUAUUCGAUAUAAAAAGACGGACGAGAAACAGACGGACAAACGAAAGAAGAGAAUAUCACAGCGUAGAAAACCAAAUAUGGAGAAGUUCGACGACGAGACGGCAAAUUUAAAUCGAGUAUUGGUCGAGAGAAUGUUGCUGAAGAAUUCUGGAUUUAAUCAGGGUAGUAGAAGCGUAGGCGGUACGCCAAUAUGCUUGCGCCGUAAGAAGCACGACGUUAAUAAAAAUCUUUCGCCCAUGAGAUUGAACGAUAAUAAUCAAUCGAUCAUACAUCAGCCUACGAUCGUCGAAAACGAGGUCGUCAAAAGACGUUCGAAUUCGGUGAGUUAUGUAAAUGGAAACAUUGUGAGAAGACAGGUCACUGGUAACACAUACAUGGCCACGUUCGCUUCUGAAAUAGCACUGAUCGAAGCGGACAAGGAAGCCGACAGGAAGUAUCGCGAGUUGAUUAUGGAAGCUGAAAAUAUCUUGGUAAAUAUGCAAAAGAAUCAAAGCUCCCUGCCGAUCGUACCGUCGCCAUCGCGUAAGUUCCACAAUGGUCUGGCGAAUAAGCGUGUCGAAUUGAUCAAGAAUACGGAAUUGAACAUCGAGCUUGCAUUGUCGAAAAGUAGAAAUUCACAACCAGAAUUGCAAAGCGGUAAUAUCAGGGAUAUCGAGCAUACCAGUCCAAAGAGACAAUUCACGCAGCCAUGUUCGCCCGUUCAUCGUUUUAUGGAAAGAAAUUCAUGUGGAAACAUAUCGAGGGAUAUUCCCUAUAAACAGGACAUUUCGAAUUGUCCUGAUUCACCUUACGUAUCAAGAAGAACGCCUCAAGGUUCACCCAAUAGAACCCUCGUUCAUUCACGUUUACGCGGUAUUUGUCCUACUACUAUUAGUACUACUACAACUACUAUUACUACUACUACUUCUACUACUACUACUACUACUACUACCACCGGUGUAAAGGACAACGGGCGUGCUCGAGUUAUCUUGAAUUGCAACGGAGUGACACAGUCUACCGUUGAAACGAACGAUUGUCAACCCUCUCAAGGUUCCUUCCCUAAUAAGUCUAAGCACAGAGAUUCACGAUUAACUGUAGAUAAUAGGAAGGACUCGAGAGUUUCAAUAACGAACAAGGAGGACGAGGAUGAAGAGGAGGAGGAGGAGGAGGAGGAGGAGGAUGGUGGUGGUGGUGGUGUGACAUCGAGCUCGUCGGAUUCCGAGGAGAAAUGUGACAUCAGGCGGAGACCACCUCUGAUGACGUUCAGAUCAAUCGAUAUGGGCCCGAUCAAAGAAGGUUCUUCUUACUGUCCUCAGAGUGAACCAGUUAAAAGAAAGGUUUAUGCCGGUAGUGCGACUUACGGUAGGAUACAAAAGACAUUAGGUCAUCAUCAAGUAUUAUUAAGAAAUUCUGAUGGCGAUACGGCCACCGAUGAUACCGAUGAUUCACGAAGAUCCUUGAAGGAGAAAGUAGCACAAUUACGUCAAGAGCGUUUAGCAGCCGAGGCGAAUGCUAACGUUCAAGACUCUCAAUUAUUUCAACAACAGCUUACUCAGCUAAGAAGGCAAAUGUUGAUGCAAACUAUCGAAGGUUUAAAACGUAGCCUCGAAGACCAAUCGGCUACGUUGAAGCAAACUUGUUUGGAGCCAGUAUUGUCCGAUGAAUUGCCUUGAAUGAUUAAUUGUUACGAUGCUCUCGAUGUUCAGCUUAUCAUUUAAAAAGAGAACGAAUCAUCCUCAAAUCAUCAUCAUUCAUAUACUAAGGCUGGUAGUUUAAAAGAUGAAACAGAAUGUGCACCAAAUACUGGAUAUUACUUUUUACCUCUUUAUGAUAAAGGAGAGUAUAUUUUAAAGGUAGAUCCUCCUAGAGGUUGGAGUUUUGAUCCCAUGGAAGUAUAUUUAAAUGUAGAUGGUUCUACCGACAUUUGUAGCCAAGGCAAAGAUAUUAAUUUUACUUUCAAAGGUUUUGGCAUUACAGGCAAAGUAACCAGUUUUAAUUCUUCAUUUGGUCCAAAAGAUGUUACCGUGUCAUUAUAUAAUGCUAAUAAUAAAGAAGCUGUAGUUGGAUCAACCAAGACUGCUGACAGUGGAACAUUUUAUUUUACACCUAUUCAACCAGGCAAAUAUAUACUUGUUGCAUCUCAUCCUACGUGGAUGAUCAAAAAAAAUACAAUUGAAGUAACUGUACAAGAAGGUAAUGCUGAACUUUCAGAUGAUAGUUUAGUAAUAUUUGGAUAUGAUGUAAGAGGUCAAGUCACCAGUGAAAAUGAACCAGUCAGUGGUGUAUCCUUCAUAGUUUUUGGUAAUGGCGCUGCAAAGAAUUGUGAAACUUCACCAGUUAAGGGAUUUGAAACGAAAAAUCCACUUUGCCAUGUUACCUCAGAUAAAACUGGAAAAUUUGUUUUUCCUGCAUUGUCAACUGGUGAUUACAAGCUUGUCCCACAUUAUCCUAGUGCUCACACUAAAUUUGACGUUCAACCACCCGAAUUAUCAUUCAAAGUUAGUCACAAUAGUCUGACGUUAUCGCAAGAUUUUAAAGUGACUGGUUUUACGGUGACUGGGGUAGUUCGCAUGUCAACAGGUGGCAAACCAUUGGCAGAAGCAAAAAUUAUAUUCGCUGGGAAAGAAGUAGCUGUAACAAAUGAAAAUGGAAAAUAUACAAUAGAUAAUGUAAAAGCUGGACAAUAUACUCUGAAAGCAGAAGCUGGUAAUGUGCAGUUUGAGGAGAGAACAGUUAAAGUAUCCCCAAGUUCACCUGAAUUGCCAGUUUUAAUACCAUCUAUGUAUAAAGUUUGUGGAAAAGUUACAUUAUCUGCAAAAGGAACUUUACAUUUCCGUAAAGUAGCUAUACAAAAUAUCGCUGCUACAUUCCAAAGAGAAAUUGAUACUAAUGAAAAGACUGGAGAAUAUUGUCUACAUUUAAAGCCUGAUAAAUAUCAAUUAAGUGUAAUCGUGAGUAAUGAAGAAAAAACUAAAGGUUUACAAUUCUUUCCUUUACAACAAACCAUUGAUGUAUCAUCUGAGGCAAUUAACAAUAUCAACUUUCUACAAUUGAAGGCACUUUUAACUGGCAUGGUCAAAUGUUUGCCAGGGAUAGAUUGCAGUCAAGCUUCGGUUACACUUAAAGUACUCGAUGGAGUUACAAUAAAAACUUCGACAACGAAAGUUAAUUUCUUUCAUGCAGAUGGCCAAUAUGAAUUUUCCGAUGUAUUACCAGGACAUUAUGAAGUUUUAAUAGACAACGAUGUAUUCUGUUGGAAAAAUCCUAGUUAUAGAAUAUCAAUAACAUCUGAACGAGCUGAAGUGCCUCCAUUUCAACAGACCGGUUUUUCAAUUACUUUUAUUUCUUCUCAUGAAACAAUAGUUGAAUAUGUUGCACCAAAUGAAAUAAAAAAGUCAUCUUUAGUAUUAUCCAAAGGUAGUACAAGACAUUGCGUAUCUAAACCCGGAGAAUAUAGUUUUACACCCAAAGGUUGUCACGUGUACGAUAAAGAAACAUUUGUCUGGGAUACAAAUAAUUUAUCCCCAAUUAUUUUAUCAUCUUCUGAGCAUCGUCAUCAAGGAAAUAUUAUAAGUUCUACUGCAUUAGAUGGAGGAGUGAAUGUUAAAGUUGAAAGUUCAAAUGGCAAUGUUAUAAUUGGACCAUUGAAAUAUACAAAAAAAGGAGAUGUCUUUAAGUAUAAUUUUGAAUUUACAACAAAGACUGGUAAUGUAUACGUUAUCACUCCAUUAUCGGAUAUUCUUUUGUUUAAUCCACCGUCAGUAAAAGUACUUGGAGUAAAUGAAUGUCAUAAUGACAUUGCAACUUUUACUGGAGAUUUAGGAAAGAUUAUAGCUGGAAAAAUUUCACCUCCUUUAGAAGGUGUAACAGUACAAAUAUUUGGCAAGGAUAAAAAAUCUCCAAUGCAUACAAUAAUUACAGAAAAAGAAGGGACAUACAGUGUUGGCCCAUUGGAUGGAAAAAUAGAAUAUAGUAUUACAGCUGAGAAAGAAGGUUUCGUGAUAACAGGACCAAACAAUAAUGGAAUAUUUUUAGCACGUAAAUUAGCUGAAAUUAUAGUGCAAGUAUACGAUCAAGCGGAUAAUUCAUCCUUACAGGGCGUUCUACUUUCUCUCUCUGGUGGACAAAAUUAUCGUAAGAAUAGUAUAACAAGUGACGAUGGAAAAUUAAUAUUUAAUUCCUUAUCACCUGGUGAAUAUUAUCUCAGACCAAUGAUGAAGGAAUAUAGAUUUGAGCCGCCAUCAAAAAUGAUCAAUGUGGCCGAAGGUGCAACCGUCAUAGUAAACUUAUUUGGCAAUAGAGUUGCAUUUAGCGCUUAUGGUUCAGUUACGUCAUUAAAUGGCGAACCAGAAGCAGGAUUAUUGGUCGAAGCUCAAGGUCAAGAAGAUUGUUCCAAUCUCCAAGAAGAGGCGACCACCGAAGAGAAUGGUACUUUUAGAAUUAGAGGUCUUCAACCAUUGUGCACGUAUAUUUUACGUUUGAAAUCUAACGUGGAGGCAAAUAAUCAUAUACAACGUACGAGUCCUGGUUCAUUGAUGUUACAAACCGGAGAGGACAUACGUGGACUUCGAUUAAUUGCUUUUCAUCCAAUUUCACGUACAGACGUUUCCGUUCAUGUGGUAUCCGUACAGUCAGAACAUUAUCGUACAUUAAAAGUGAAAUUAUGCAGAGAAGACAUGCCGGAUUCCCCUAUACAUAUAUCCAAAUUGGAUACACAACAUUCUAGUAAAAUUGGUACUUCGUAUAAUGCAGGCUUCCUCGUACAUUUUCCACCAUUGCAAGCUGACAACAAGAAAUAUUUCAUACAAUUGGAAUCAUCCUUAUCUCCUAGCUUGCAUAAGUAUAAAACAAAUUCUGUUUAUUUCGAAGCCAAUUCCUCGUUCAAAUAUGUCAAAUUAAUGUUCAAUGCUGAACGCAAAGUUGAUCAAGGGGAUAUGAAUCAAACAUCCAUAGUAGCAUUACCAUUUAUAAUGUUAAUUACAGUAGCAUUUUUAAACCGUGAAAAAUUAUGGAGUUGGCUCAAUACAUUGGUUGAAAGAUGGUCUAAACCAUCACCAAUUUCUAGAACACCUGUACAAGCUAUUCCUAUUGAUCCAAGAGCAGAUGAUAUUAUUGUUGAACAAAUAAUGAAUAUUAAUAAGAGAAAAACUAAGCCAAGGAAAGCAUAACAUUAUAAGGAUCUUUUAUUUCAGCAUUUUACACACGAAUGACGUUCCUAUUUAUGGAUCUCAUUUAUUUUCAAUUACCCGUUCGUUUAAAUUAAUGAUUAAAUUAUAUAUCCGGAUUGUUUCAGUAACGUCAUCAUUGUGAAUUUUAAUGUAUUACAAAUAUUUCGAAUAAUAAUUGCGCCAUAUUUCUUUAACGCAUUCUUCAUCGAUUAUGAAGUGGAAUCUUAGAAAGUUUAAUAUAUUAUAUAUAUUUAAUAAUUUACGUAUAUAUAUUACAUAUAUAUAUAUAUACAUAGGACCAAGUCAAUAUAUAGAAUGAUAAGAUUCAUGUUUUACAUAAGUUAAGUAAUAUGGAACGAUUAUAUAUAAUAAGAAAAAGAAAAUGGAUUGUAUUAAAUUAUAAAAUGUAGCUUAUGAUCGUUUGAGAUAAGAAAAUUAAAUGAUAUCAAAUACAA